AUGUCGCAGGACAGUCAUACUCAGGUUGACGAAAGCUUCAAGCAGAGCGAAGCCGUAGAGGCAUGUCGACCUGUCGAUGAGCCAGAAUGGAAGGCGAGCAAAGAGGUAUUCCAGGUCCUCUUUUGCCUAUCCAUCAUUGGCAUAAUGGCUUCGUUAGAUAUGACCAUCUUUCUACCCAUUCUUCCUCUUAUCGCCAAAGAGCUUAAUGGAGAUGCCACCAGCACUUUUUGGGUGGGUAGCGCGUACCUGGUCCCCUGCGCUGGCUUCCAGCCUGUAUGGGCUUCUCUUUCGGAUAUUUACGGCAGAAGAAAAGCGCUCGUUGCCUCUCUGGGCCUUUUCGUGAUCGGGUCUAUCGUGGGCUGCGUCGCUCACGACAUGGCUACACUACUGGCCGGUCGUGUAAUUCAAGGUAUUGGAGGGGGUGGACUUAUUCCUCUUUCAAUGAUCAUUAUCACUGACCUGAUCCCAUUACGUGAACGGCCCAAGUAUGCUGCUAUUGUCCAGGUGUCUAUGGCAUUCGGGACCAUCCUGGGACCUUUGAUCGGGGGUUGCUUUGAGGAAUAUACUAGUCGCUCCACGGGAUGGCGCUGGGUAUUCUAUAUCAAUUUCCCCCUCUCCGUUGUAGCAGGUGUGAUGCUCUUCACGUCAGUUCGGUUUCAAAAGGGUGGGAACCAGCUUCGAUCCGUUGAUUGGUUUGGUCAGGCUUUGUUUAUCGCGAGCUUAUCCGUCUUUUUGAUCGGUCUGUCGUGGGGUGGGGUGCAGUACUCAUGGAGCAGCUACCAGACGUUGCUCCCACUUUGCCUCGGCGUGGUUGGUCUCGUCGCAACGGUACUUUGGGAGUUCUUCGGAACAAGCCAUCCAUUUAUUCGACUUUCUAUUCUUACCGACCGAUCCUCCUUGGCUGUGUACAUUGCUGCCAUUGUCCAGGGCACUAUAAUGUACGGGUGUCUGUACUAUGUCUCUGUGUGGCUACAGGCCAUCAAGUCCGAAUCUGGACUCAUGACCGGCGUUGGUCUUUUACCCAUUUCCGUCGCCCUCAUGCCUACCAGCAUAGUGAUUGCCUUCAUCAUAUCCAAAACAGGACGAUAUCGCUGGGCUCUUUGGCUCGGCUGGGUGGCUACCAUCGCAGCUACUGGCGUGACCAUCAUCCUGCACAAGCAUACCAGUACAGCCUCUUGGAUCUUCAUUUUUGCCUUCGUGGGCUUCGGUCACGGAGUUCUUCUCAAUGCGAUGUUAGUUGCCGCUCAGGCCUGUGCACCAGCCAAGGAUGUGGCAUACGCUGCUUCGAUGUACACUUUCUUCCGCACCCUGGGUUUCGCCAUCGGUGUGAUCAUUGGCUCGACAGUGCUGCAGAAUUUCAUGGCGACAAAAUUAAGCGAAUUGGGACUUCCUACCUCUAUCGCGCAUAAUGCAGAAGGUUAUAUUACUACCCUGAAGACUCUGUCUGUUGGAUCUUCAUUGCACGAAGGUGUUUUGAGCGCGUAUGUGUAUGGUUUAGACUCAAUCUUUGAAGUGAUGACUGGUAUUGGGGCCCUUGGCCUUUUGGUUACGCCGCUCGUCGCAGGUCGGACGAUGAAUAAGGCUUUGGAGACUGAUCAUAUCUUGCAGGAGGCAAAGGAUGUCAUCAAUUAA